GUUUAAAACGUUUAUUUGUUUGAAAACUGACAGUAAAACAUUGAUUUUGAUUGGUAUUUUGAUUGUCAGGACAUUAUAAUAUUAUAACACACCAUGAAAACGUGCGUCAAGGCUAAAUGGGCCCAGAUUUUAGUUAAUAUAUGCAAUGGGUGCGAUAUCCUAGGUUGACUGGGUAAACAUGUCAGCUCCAGCAAUCCCUUGUUCAAUGCAAUACAUCAUUACAGAACAUAGAAUUUGCUGCAUAUUGGUGAUCUAAGAAUAGUUGAAUGUAUGGAUUCUUUAUGUCAUGGAGAGAACAAUAGUUUGGUGUCUCAUGCCAUGGACAUGUUGCCUGUAUGUGGCAAUGCACUUCAGGAACCAGAACAAUUGGGCUCUGUCACACACAACCAGGAAGUCACUGGUUCAAGUACCAGCCUGCAAAUACGGUCAAGUGCUAGAGUGUCGAAGAAAAUGCGACUGGACUCAUUUGGCACACCGGUGACCUCAGUAGUUCCUGAUAAGAAAGAACUAACAAAGGUUGAAGAGAAACCAGAAAAGCUGGAAAGACCUGAGAAACUUGAGAAAUCUGAAAAGCAUGAGAAGGCUGAUCCCAAGCAAAAUGAGACAAAACCAAGGAAACGAACUUGGGAACUCUGGUCACAAGAAGAUAAGAAUACAUUCUUUGAAGCUCUCAAUGAAUAUGGUAAAGAUUUUGAUUCAAUCCAAAACCAUUUUGCAACUAAGGCAAGAAAGAAGGGGCUAGGUGAGCACUUAAUAAAGAACAAGGACCAGGUGCGACACUUUUACUACCGAACAUGGCACAAGAUUUCUAAGCAUCUCAAGUUUUCUGAUGAUCUGAAAAAUGCUGCAAGAGAACUGUAUGGACUUGUGAACUAUGGUGAGAUACGCAGGAAGAUUGGUUUUUGUACUGAGAAAAUCAUGUGCAUGAAACUCAAUGAGCUAGUGUAUAAAGGUACAAUACAGAUUCGAAUAAAGGGAAAGACUCUGCGUAUUAAAACACCACUUUGUCGGGCACUUCGCAAGCUGAACCGGCUACAAGAAUGUCAAGAAGAUCUUAAGCUUCCUGCUCGUGUGGUGGUAGAGCUUCGUCCACGACACAAUGAAGCUUGGAGCCGAGUUCAAGCUAUGUCACAUAAUCCUCGGAUACGAACAGUUCUUCCUUUGCAAAGGCGGCUCACUUCACUUCUUGUGUACCUGAACUACCGCUGGCGUCCAUCGCACAUAAAGCACCGUGAUAAACUGUUGUCAUCUGUUGGUAGCACUGAUCUCACCCCACAAGAUUCAGAAGACAACAAAAAGGAGAAAGAACCACUUCUUCGUGUGGCACCACAUCUGGGUGCUCCAAUAUGUGUACCCUCUGUGAACGUGACUGAUUACAUGACCAGUUCGAGUCUAUGCCUUAGCUCAUAUGCAGAGCGCUCGCAGAAAUGGCAGGAAGAGGCUACAUCAUCAUCUUUUACUAUUGGGAAGGGAGGUGGGAAGGGAUGCACAUCAAGGAAAGGGGGGAAGCGACAACGGGUGGACAGUUCAAGUGACAAGAAAUCUCCUACUGAGGCUUCUGCGAUGACAUCUCCUGUGAAACAGAAAGAGAAUGUAUGUCCUGAGAGUGAGUUUGUCAGUUGUGGUGUUAUGUUAGACAGUGCCUCUGACGAUAAUAAAUCUGUGUUCACCAGUUCUGCGCUUAACCAUGAAGAAGAUGGGGACCAUGUGAUCUCAGGAGCUGAUGGUGAUUUUAACAAUAUGGCUGUGAAUGACAUACUCCCUCAGCAUCAUCUCACAGAUGAUGAUGCUGGAAAUUGGAACCAUGGCACUGUGCUUGCUGUAGACACUGAGCUGACGCCACUUCAGAGUGAAGGGCUGGACAGUAAGGGUGAUGUUACAGCUCAGACAAGCACUGCUGCAGAACCCAAGGUUACUGACAAUGAAGAUAUCAUCAGCAGGAUACGAAAUGGAUGGACAAUUGAAGAUGCCCAUGCUAUUUCUAUAGGAGAACUUUAUCUCAUGUUUGGUAGUGAUUCCAAGCUGCAGAUGGAAUACUGGUGGGAGCAUGUUCCUCCAGAAACAGCCCCAGACACGAUGCCGCUGCAGGGUAGUGUUGAAGGGGAGACUGCAUCAGAAUUACAGAACAGUUCUGUGGGAGAAACUCUGCAAAAAUUGAUCUCCAUUGCCAAGCUCAAUUUUACAAAGGCAAAGGUUAUGUGUCCGUGUGGUCAUGUUUGUGGUGUAACUUCUAAGUCCACUAUCCCUCUUCGGAGGCCUCCACCUGUCAGAAGUGUGGUGGAUGAAAUUGUCAGUGGCAGCCGUCCUUCAGCGCAGCAGGUCCAUCCUGCUGUGAGUGUGAGUGUUACAGCAGUGCAGGAUGGAGUGUUCAGGCGUCCGUUGCUUGCACCAUCCCAUUUCAAACCAUUGUCUAAACCAGUCACUGCUGAUGCAUUCAAAGCACAGCUAGAUAAAUUUCGACCACGAUAUUGCAACCGUCGAGGACGUGCAGUUCGACCAAAGAAUGUGGUUGUGCAGCGGAUGCUUCCACUUCUGCCUAAAGCACCUAAUGGCCAUGCAAUGGUCACACUGAAGGUCAUCCCUCAGACAAGCCAGUUGUCAGGGGAGUUCAUGCCCAUUGGAGCAGCAGUGACUACAGCUCCUCAGCAGUCACACACUCAGCCUGCUCCACUAUGGCCACAUCCCAUGAAAAAUUAUCACAUACUUCCUGCCACAACCAACAAAAGCAAUACUGGAUGCCUGCUGGUAUCUUGUAGUAACACUAGUGGGUUGUCAGAUCUUGGCCAAGAUGUCAUUCCUGUCACACUGCACCAGAGUGGAUCUGAUUCCAGUGGAAUCAACAGUUCUGCAUUGGGAACCAAACAACCCAAAAAUUUGACUGGGAAUGAUGGUGGGGUAGGCUUACACCAGUCCAAAAGAAAGAACAGUGUUGCGAUGGGACUUGCAGAAAGUGGACCUAGCAUAGACUUACAGCACAGUGUCACAGGGAGCAGUAGCGAUGAUGUGAUGGGACUCCAGCAGAGUGCAUGCAGUGGGGAAGGUUCCAGUACUCAGCCAGAGAUAUCAGUGAGCUCAUUGUCUCCACCUCUGAAUACACCAGUGGCUUCUCCUCCAAGUAUCUCCAACUUGCUGGAGCUGUCCCUUCCUUCAGCUGUGGGUGGUGGUCUUGCCCUGGCUGCUUGUUCAGGAACAGGACUAUUGGAGGUCCCAAUGCAAGAUUCGGCAGCUGCUGUUGAACCCAGUUUUGUGGGACUGUUAGCCAGUGAAGAAGGACUUCAGACUUCAGUGACUCCUCCCAGUAGUCCAUUGCAGAUUCUUAAAGAAGCAGACAACCAAUGGCUCAACUCUGAGGUUGCAGACUUCUCAUUAAGUAGUUUCCUGGGACACUUGGAGUCACCUUUGAAACCAGCCACCAGUGCCCCAAAUGCAGAGGAUACAAGGUUGUUCUCAGAUGUGGAGGCUCAGCUGCAGUGCCUCAUGAGUGAAAACAGCAUUGACUACAUGGCGAAAUUUGCUGAUCUAGCAGCUCAGAUUGCCUCAUCUGACUCGUCCAACAAAAAGUGACCAGCCUCAUUUCUUGUUAUUUGUAUCAUACUGUGUAUGUGUAAAUACAUACAUACUUCAGAUAAUAACUCACCUAAGUGUCAAAGUGUACAGAACCUGAAUCAUCAAAAUUACAAUUUAUUUUGUGUUAUUUUUGUAUAUAAUUGUAUUAUGCACAAGUGUAUAUAGUCAGAUUAUGGAAUCAGGUGUAGAUUAAACUGUGUAAUGAGUUUGGUAUAUCAAACUAUGCUCACAGUCAUAUCCUGAAUCGUAUCAUAUACAGGGUGUCAAAGAAAAACUCCCAAGGCUUGAAGAGGACAUAUUUAAUCACCCAAACAAAAUAGUGUCAUUGUAUCCUAGGAUAUGAUGAAUUUUGUUAUGGGAAGCAAUGCAGUGCACAUGUAAAUAGCAGCACUUUGGUGCUGUUUGUCAUUCCAGUUUCUCAUACAUUAAUGCAAGCUGUACUGUGAGCAUAUCAGGCUCUGUCUUGGCAUCUCCACAAGAGAAAGCACAUAGUACAGCCUGAUAUGCUGAGAUGAAAUCUGUUGAGUGUGUGCAAUGGAAGAUUCAUCAUGAAUAUCCAGGGAAGCAAACAACAGUGUGGUUUUGCAGUGGAAGCAACAGUUCUUGGAAGCAGGAAGUGUUCUGAUAAGUAAGUCACCCAGAAGACUCAGCAUCACUGCAGCCAGUGUUCAAGAUGUUUGGUGAGUGUUUCUUCAUUGCCCUAAGAAAUCUGUAUGAGUGACAAGUCGAUAAAUUCAAAUUCCAAGGAACGCUGUACAUAAUGAUCUGCACAAAGUGCCUUAGACUUUGUGCCUAUAAAAUGCAGUUCAUGCAACACAUUAAACCAGUGGAUCAUCAGAUUUUGCCUGAUGUCUGUGACACAUGUCUGUAUUUGUGCAUGGGUGAAUGUGUGGUGUUAAGUCAUGUGACAGAGAACUUGGUUAUGCUGAAAAACUUUCUGUUACCUCAAAUACUAAAAGUCAGCAGUCGAGUCUUUCAGCAGGAUGGUAUUCUGUGACAUUUCAGCUGAAUGGUGCAUAAUAUUUGACAUUCCCAGCCUUCCAGGUUGGUGGCAAGAAAGAAGAGGGUUGACUCUUGGGCCUACAAUAUUUCUGCUUAACACAACGUGACUUUUAUUUUGGGGGUUAUGUAAAGGAUAUUGUAUAUGCUGAAGUAAUUGACACUCUGCAGGAUUUUCAACCUUAAAUUGAAGCAGCAAAGGCAGCAGUGCUGCUGAUCAGAGUGUGGACUGAGCUUGAAAGUCCUGACAACAUUUUUAGAGUUGAGAAUGGAGCCUAUAUAUAGUUAUACUGAUUUGUAAUCAUCACCUUAGAAAUGUGUCAUGUUGCCAUUCAUACCAAACCAAUGUACGUUGUAAUACUGCAUUGGACUGAUUCAUGUGUCAAACAUGGUAUUUGUGAUUCAGUUUUGCUGCCUGCACUCUUCUCUGUUCUUAGAAUCAAUAAAUAUUAGAUUACAAAACCUUGGAGUUCUUUCUCAGACACUCUGUACUUGGCACAGUAUACUGAAUUUUAUGAUUGUAUUGAUAAAUAUGAGUGCUAAUAAAUUGUGUAUGUAUUUAA